AUGCUGGCAAGUCUUUUGAAUGGAGCCGUGUCAAAUGGACAUGGUCGAAGUAAUGGGAAAUCGACAAACUCAAAACGAGGCACAGAGGAUUCUGAAAGCAAAGAUGCAAGUAAAGAAAGCGCAGCAGUCGAUUCGAUCCAGCUCGAAAGCUUAUUACUACUAGACGAUGAUUUGUUUCAAAAUACACUCAAUUCAGAUGACUAUGUGGAGAAUUUAGCUCCAUUGAUCAAAAAUGCAGUGAGACAAAAUGGACUCACCGAGAUGAUAACCAAGCUCAACAACUUUGUCAAGUUAAAAGACGAGGAGUUGAACGAAGUGUCUAUGAAUUCAAUGGGAGAAAUUAAUCAGUGUAUGGAUACGAUUGCGAGUAUACAUAAGGAGGCAGACCAGUUGAAUCGACAGUUUCUUUCUGUUAGUCAAAGCUUGGGCAAAUCUGCAAUUGAAUUGAUGACAAAGAAGAAAAAUUAUGUCAAAUAUAAAGAUGUUUGUCGAAGAAUUAGCGAAGCACAGGUUGUUCUUCUCGAGUGUAUACAAGUGUUGGAAUUGAUGAACCGAAUAUUGGAACUCAUCAAGCACACAAAGUACUUUCUGGCUUUGAAGUUGAUUGAUGAGCUCACCAAUAUUCACAUUCAAAAAGUGAAUGAGUUUAGUUUUGCCAAAAAGAUUGUUGAUUCAAUACCACACUUGACCAAGAUGGUGAAAGAUGACUCGUUUGAGAACUUGACCAAAUGGUUAUCGAUCAACUUGGAAAGAAAGUUGCCAAAUAUUGGAGACUCGUUAUAUGAUAGUUUGUAUGUUUUACAGGGAAAUUGGCUAGAAUGCAAGAGGCGGAAUCCUACGUAUUUACCAUAUAAAUUGAAUUCACCCGUUGAACUAAGCGUUCGUGAUUCUAAACUGAACUACGAUGUUUUCAAAGAUGAAACAAUGCAGAUUCCAUUGGAUAGCGUUUACGAUGCGAUCCUUGUGUAUCGUACUUUGAACGAGCUAGAAAAUCUCAGCACAGUUUACUACAAAGAAUGGAUGAAGAAAUAUAGCAGAAUAAUCUAUCCACUCACAUCUGUUGCUUCCAACAAAAAGGAUAUUGUAUUUACGGCAAAGGAACUUGACGAGUACUUACGAAAGAUUGCCGCUUUCUUUGUCAUGGAUAAGCAAUUGAAUAUCUUGACAAAAUUCCAAUUGAGGACAAAUGCUCAAGCAGAUGAACUAUGGAUGUCAUAUGUUUCCAAAUUAAAGCCAGUUCUUUUGCAUAACCUAAAAAAUUAUGAUUUCUACUCCCUUGAUGAAUUGAGUAAUUUCAAGGAUAUCAUUGGAGACUUUAUACAAAUUAUGGACUCGAACGAAUACGAUGUAAGUGAAUUAUAUGAAGUGUUGAUGAUUAUCUUUAAGGACCAUUUUGCGCCAUUAGUUGUGCAAUUCUUUAGAAGAAAAUUUAUUGAGUCAUUGCAAUCGGAGUUUUAUACUGCUUUACAAAUCGACGAAGAGGACUACGACACUAUUAUGAAGCGAAUCUUUUAUGAAAGCAAUGCAUCAUUUGCACCUAGAAAUGUCAAAAGUUUCCCUGUGAAGUUUCCAUUUAGUGAAGAUUAUGUUCAUUUUUGUGGGUUUGUGCGACAGCUUAUUAACCGAACAUUGAAAUUUCUCAAUGAGUAUUACAGCUAUGAAGUCAGUGAGAUUAAUGAUAUCAUAGUUAAUCAGAUUGUUGAAGUGUUUUUGGGGGACAAGAAAGGUUUUGGUGUUGCGUGGGAGAUUGAGGAUUUCAUCAAUAAAAAUGCCAACAACAAGGAAGUUAUUGCACAAAGCUUUGUUAACUCAGAAUACUAUCUUUUGAGUCUAUACAAAAUUGGUGUUUUGCUAAACCAAAGGUUGCGACAAAAUACAGGUAUGGGUAUUCAAAACAUCGACACUAACGAAGCAUUCACACUUCAUGCUGUUGACACUUUUAUCCAAUUGCGCAAAUACUCCGAAGAUACUGUCUACAAAAUGAUUGAUACGAAAAUUUCAGAAUUAUUGGGCUUGGUCGAAUACGACGAAUACUUGCCCGUUGAGCGCAACACAGAGGCCAACUUUGCAGUUAAGGAUUUUGCCAUGUUUUUGGAAAAUUUAUUCACUUCAAUCUUUGAGAACUUCCCUUCCCAGUUGCGUACCUUGGGUUUGUUCAGAAGUUACGAUUUUGUCUCACAACAUUUCUUGGGAGUAUUGAAAAACGCCGACGUAUUUAAUGAGAUUUUCAUUGAUAAUUUUGAUUUAGAUAUCAAGUACUUGGAAAAAUCCAUGAAGAAUUUGAAUGCUUCGACAAAUGAGGAUAAAGAUUCCUCGCAAGGCAAUGUUUCUGUCGACUCGACAUUUUCAGAGUUGAGACAAAUAAUUGAUUUAUUAAAGUCUAAAAACUAUGAAGAGUACAUGUCCAAUAGCUCAUUUAGAAUGAGGCAAUAUAACAGCAUCAAAUUUGAAGAUGGAAAGAAGCUCAUUAUGAAAAUGCAAGGUGUUAGAUUUGUUAACUCUUCUACCUCGAAUAUACAAGCCAACUCGGAAGCACCACCUCUUUCUAGAGCGCAACUGCCAGUUCAACGAGGUGGCACUAUCAAAUCAUUAUCCCAUUCCAUAUCGGGCUCCAACUUUGCCAAUAUAUUAGGUGGUGGUAACGGUAAUAAGAAUCGUGAUGAAGAUGCUGUAUCAAAUACAUCGAUGACUAGUUUGGAGUCGUCCAACACUGCACCGAAUAUAAAUACAGCAACAACGACUUCCAACAAGUUUUCACACUUUACAGAUAGAUUCAAACCUAGUAGUGCAAGGUAA